AAUACAAACACGUCACAAAUCUAUUCUCACAAAAAUUGCAAGUAUUGCUAAAACCAGCAAAGCGCAACACACGCUCACUAUAUAUGCAUUACUCAACCUUGUUGCGGCUUUAUAUACUUCCCCAAAUCUAUAUCUCUCUCAUAAACCCUAAUCUCUCUCUCUCUCCACCCUCCUCUCUCUCUCACUCUCUCUCUCUCUCUCUCUCCCUCUCUCCCUCCUAUAGAGAGUGUGUAUACCGUGUGUAGUGAUGGAGGCUCCUCAGGCUCCAAAACAGAUGUACAAUGAAUUCACACUAGCUUCAAUUACUCAUCUCUCUUCAUCUUCUUCGCCUCCGACUUUAUCGCCGGUGGCCCGGUUCUGCUCCGAUUCGGGAUUUUCGGAGCUCCGGUUCGAGCAAGGUCAUGAACCCGUUAAUUUUAACCUCCAGAAAACGCAGCUUUUCAAGUUAGGGCCGACGGAGUCGCUGUGCAUAUUGGAAGGUUCUGAAACUGUUAAAGAGACAAUCUAUUCUAGGGGAAUCACCAUUCAGUUCAGAAACAAGGAGGAAUCUACAAGUUUCCAUUAUGCAUUUGAUCAGUGCAAGAAGGAGGUUAACGCUCAAGGAUCUAAUUUACCUAAUGGUACGGCAUUGGAAUCUAAAAGCAAGUUUGAUGAUAAAAUAGAAGCAUCUUCUGCAAAAAUGUAUUUCCACUACUAUGGACAACUACUACAUCAACAGAAUAUGAUGCAGGACUAUGUGAGAACAGGUUCUUAUUAUGCUGCAGUGAUUGAGAAUCGUGCUGAUUUUGCUGGUAGAGUAGUGGUUGAUGUCGGAGCUGGUAGUGGCAUUCUAUCAUUGUUUGCCGCUCAGGCUGGUGCAAAACAUGUUUAUGCUGUGGAGGCAUCUGAGAUGGCGGAAUAUGCUCGCAAACUCAUCGCUGGAAACCCAUUGCUGAGCCAGAAAAUUACAGUCAUCAAGGGUAAGGUUGAAGAUGUUGAGUUACCGGAGAAAGCAGAUAUAUUGAUAUCAGAGCCAAUGGGCACCUUAUUAAUCAAUGAAAGAAUGCUCGAGUCAUACGUGAUUGCGAGAGAUCGAUUUCUUGUUCCUAAUGGAAAAAUGUUUCCAACACUGGGAAGAAUUCACAUGGCACCAUUCAGCGACGAAUACUUGUACAUUGAGAUUGCUAAUAAGGCCCUGUUUUGGCAGCAACAAAAUUAUUAUGGGGUUGAUUUGACAGCCUUACAUGGAACUGCAUUUCAGGGAUACUUUUCUCAGCCAGUGGUGGAUGCUUUUGAUCCUAGGCUGCUCGUGGCUCCUGCAAUAUCCCAUGUGAUAAACUUUACAACCGUGAAGGAGGAAGAUUUGUAUGAAAUUAAUGUACCUUUAAAAUAUACUUCGCCUGUGGGGACUAGGAUUCAUGGACUGGCUUGCUGGUUUGAUGUACUGUUUGAUGGAAGCACUGUUCAGAGGUGGCUGACCACUGCUCCUGGUGCACCUACAACCCACUGGUACCAACUACGCUGCGUUCUUUCUCAACCACUUUAUGUCAUGCCAGGACAAGAAAUAGUGGGUCAUCUUCAUAUGAUAGCCCACAGUGCUCAGAGUUACACAAUUAAUCUUACUAUGUCAGUUAAAAUGUGGGGCCCUGGUGCUGAACAAGGAGGAAUCCUGCAAACAUCUUCUUGCAAACUUGAUCUUAAAGAACCUUACUAUCGGAUGUCUCAACCUCAAGCCUAUUCAUUGACGCAAGAUCAGCAACCACAGCAAUUGUUGCAGACACAGGACAUACAUAUACAACCAGAUGACGAAGUAUCCGAAUUGAUGCAACAAGCGAUGAAAGAUCCUGUUUCUGUACUCCAUUGAUUAAAUUUAUGUUGGAGUUGAAAUCACAAGCUGUGCAAGUUAGUUGACAGUAAUUUGAUAAGUUGGAGUUCAUGGAGUUUCAAGAUACGUGAUCGCCUUUUAAAGCAGUCUUAUCUGAUGUUAGCUGUUACUUGUAAAUCUUAGUGAUUAAACUUCCAUACUGCCUAAUUGGAGCACAGCAGUUCUGUAGAGAUGCUUCCAAAAAUUCGGUCUGAUAAAAUUAUUAGUAGAUCAGUGUCGUUUCUUCGAUCUGAUAAAUUAUUAAUAGAUUAAUGUUUUCUCAAUAA